AUGAAUGUAAAGUGCAAGUUAAUAAAUUUCCUAAUGCUGUUUAUAAAAAAUUUUCUACUCGUACCGAACCUCAAAAUUUUAAUGAAGAAAAACGUGAAGUUUCUGUUGUUCUAAAUGAUAGUAUUGGAGUUUUCUGGAAAGAUAAUGAUCCUAAUAAUUUGAGUGAAAGAUUACUGGGAUCAGAACAAACUAAUAAUCGUGCAGAAAUAUAUGCUGUAAUUCGUGCUCUUGAAAUUUGUGAAAAUAAAACAAAACCUUUAAAAAUAAUGACAGAUAAUUUAAUUAAAAGGUUAAAAAAACUUAUUGACAAUAGAAUUGGAAUAGUUAAAUUAGUUCAUAUUAGAGUUUAUUUAGAAAAUUAUAGAAACGAACAAGCCGAUAGAUUAGCCAAACAUGGUUUAUUAAGAGAAGCAGUUACAGAAAUCUCCAAAUUAGAAAAUAAUAUUUGUAUUACAAACUAUUUUAAUAAGAAAUAA